AUGCGUACGUUGUUUGGCCAAGGCGCAUUGAAACUGCGCCGGUUUACCAUAAUUCUACGACGUAUAACUCGGCGCAACCCCGUCGUCUUCACUCUGGUCAAAUACGUCCUCAUCGCAUUGUUUUCUGUCCUUAUAGCAACGCCAGUGUUCGCACCAUCAUAUACACACUUACCACCGCAUUACCGUGGCCUUGUCUCGAGAUGCAGCGGGCCAGGAUUUGACCAGGGCGGCUGUGCCAACCCCUUCAAUGAGAAGGUCUUUAUCAGCGUCAGCUUAUACGACAAGAAUGGACAUCUGGCUGAUGGCAAAUGGGGUGAGCUUCUCCUCCGACUCAUCCACAUGAUCGGCGCAGAGAAUGUCUUCUUGAGCAUAUACGAAAAUGACAGUGGGCCCGGUGGUGCCAGUGCUUUGGAGCACCUCCAGACGAAGUUAAGCUGUCGACACAAGAUCGUCAACGAUGCACAUGUACCAAUCCAAGAUUUCCCAACAAUAAGGAUGCCAGACGGGACCAAUCGUGUCAAACGUAUCUCAUAUCUCUCCGAAAUGCGGAACCGAGCACUCCGUCUCCUCGACAGGCUUAACAAGGUAGAGCUGGGAACAGCCCGGUUUGACAAGAUCCUAUUCUUGAACGACGUGAUUUUCAAUCCGACGGACGCCGCAAACCUGUUAUUUAGUACCAAUAUUGGAGCAGAUGGACGCGCACAUUAUCUUUCGGUUUGCGCCCUGGACUUCAUCCAGCCUCUCCAGUUUUACGAUUUGUACGCACAGCGUGACGCUGAGGGUUUCAGUGGCGGCCUGCCGAUAUACCCAUUCUUCAGUACAGAGGGGCAGGGUGUCUCACGUGCUGCCGUCCUUGGGCAAAGUGACGCCGUUCCCGUCAAGUCGUGUUGGGGAGGCAUGGUGGCAAUGCAGGCAAAAUAUGUCCAGAACACGAGCCCGGCGCUGUCUCGCCCACACUUUCAGGACAGUGGGAGCCAUGUUAUUGAUCCGGAUGCGCCUACUAACGUCACCAGCCCUGUGCGGUUCAGAUAUGAACCCGAAGUCUUUUUUGACGCCUGUGAAUGCUGCUUAUUCCUCGCUGACGUGACUCAAGUCGCGAAAAGUCAGGGAGCCGAUGAGCUGGGCACGUAUGUCAACCCGUACAUCCGGACCGCAUACACAGAAGGCGUUUUCAAAUGGCUCUCGUGGGUCCGGCGAUGGGAGCGGCUUCUCAUCGUUCCACAAUGGGCGAUCACGAAACUCGUGGGACUCCCGACGCAUAAUCCGCACCGGACCGUCCAGCAAGGCCAAAAGUUCAUGGAGGAAGUGUGGGUUGGACCUGGUCCAGGCAAGGAGGACAAUGGUCAGAGUCCAGGCCACUGGCAGCUCGUUGAGCGCACUGGGCGCAACGGAAUGUUUUGCGGCGUGCGGGAGAUGCAGCUCGUCCUACAGAGUGACCGAAGCGAAGACAUCAACUGGGAGAAUACCAGAAUGCCAGCCGGCCAGUUUCUCAAAUUCCCCACUUGA